GGCACCUCCACCGCCCGGCUACGGCAGGCGGGAAGGGCCAAGCUUGCGGCCCUCCCCGCGACCGCAGCCAUGGCGGCCGGGCCUCCCCCGCCGCUGGAGCCCCGCGGGCUGCCCGUGUUCCGCGAGGAGGGCUUCGGGGACAAGUUCCUGCGCAAGACCCGCGAGAACCCCCUGGUGCCCCUGGGCUGCCUCUGCACCGUCGGCGUCCUGACCUACGGCCUCAUCAGCUUCAAGCGAGGCCACACGCGCCGCUCGCAGCUGCUGAUGCGGGCGCGGAUCCUGGCCCAGGGCUUCACCUUCGCGGCCCUCCUGGGGGGCAUGGUGGUCACGGCCCUGAAGGCAAGGAAUUGAGAGCCUCCCGCGGGGCGGUUGCGGCGCGUCGGUGGGGCCGCGUCCCCGGGGUGUUGGAAACGCGGCUAAUACACCUGCCGUUAACCUGAAA